UGGAUGCUUUGACUAAUGACCUGCAUGCCCAUACUAGAGCUAAGAGGUCUUCUGAUGAGCAAUUUUCUGAAAGUUGUUACAGUUGUAGAAAUGUAGAUACUGGGAACUUGCAAAAGUGUAACAAAGAGCAGAUAUGUGGAGCUGAACAGGUGUGUAUGACCCAAGUGGAAGUAAAUGCCAAGAUGGAACCCCUCAAAUACAAAAGUCUCGGAUGCCAACCUAAGAAAAAGUGCAAAGUACAGAAUGGAGAUAUCCAAUGUAAAAAAUCAACAUGUAUUUCUUGCUGUGCCGGAAAGCUUUGUAACACUGUUCCAUUUGAACCAAAACUUAAUGGCCAGUUAGGAGAAGUUACUGGUGAAAAGAUGUGUGUCAUGAUAAAUAAUCAAUGUCGGCGUCGAAUGGUUCAGCAAUGUCUUCCAGAGGGCUCAUACUGUCAAGGUCUAAGCAAUGGCAUAUAUCAUCAGCAGAUUACCAAUGAAAAUAUGCUUAUAGGCUGUGAUACAUGCGGGGAGAUUGCUGCUGAAAAAACAUAUCCAAAUGGGACUGUUAUCGCUCAGAGUUUCUCAUGGUCAAGGUACCAGUAUAAAAGUAGCAAAGGAAGUGGAAGUAGCAAAAGUUCAAAAAGCUCCAAGUAUAAGUAUAGAUAUAAAUCAUCUGCAACGAGGAGCUACGAGGAACCUGACGUAUUGUUUCUGGGUGUUUGCUUUGAAUGGUCUGUGUGGUCUGCUGGCUGUAGUGUCCUAGACUGCACUAGAAGACGCUACAGAAAGUGUCCAAUAGCUUGUGUUUCGGAGCAUGGAGACUCAGAAGAUGAUGAUGGUUCUAAAAGCAAAAGAAAAUAUAAAGGUGGAAGCAGUAGUAAUAGCGGAAGUGGUAGUAGUAAAAGAAGACGCAAAAGAAGUGGCAGCAGUAGUGGUAAGAGCAGUGAGAACUCUGGCAGUGACAGCUCAGUAAAGAGCCAAGAGAGUUACUCCAGUAUGUACAGCAGUGGAGCUCGUUCCAGUGAUGAGGACAGUGAUUGUUUCCACACAGAGAGCCAAGAGCAACUUUGCUCUCCUGACAUAUGCCAAGCUCCUGUUUGCCAGCCAUGGAGUGAAUGGGGCAGCUGUAACAAUAUAGACUGUAAACAGAGGAGGAUACGAUACUGUCCAAAACGAUGUGAUAACCCAAUUCAGAAAGGGUCUCCUGAAAGUUCCCCAGAGUCUGAUUUCACCCCGGAUGACAACAGCCAUAGUAAGAAGAGUGGAAGUGCCAGUAAAAGUGAUAAAACAAGUGCUAGUGGGGGCAGUAAGAGUAGCUCUCACAAGUCAGGGAGCAGUGGAUCAAGUAAGUUCUGAUUGAAACAGAAAAAAGGGCAACAUUUGAAUACAUAAAAGGG